ACAGAGGCGAACCAACUUUAGUUCAACAGCUGGUGUACAACAUUGACUCUAUACUUUAGAAAUCAACAUGAUAUCUGUUUCUGGAGACGUUUACCUCAUUAUAGGAGGAAAUGGAUUUCUUGGAAAAGUCAUUGUAAAACUUCUGAUUGAAAAGGUUCAUGAUAUCUCAGAGGUCAGAUUGUUUGACAAAGUGAUACAAGAAGACCAUGUAGAAAGUUUGCAAGCUUUGGUUGGAAGCCGAGUUAAGCUAACGAUGUUCAAAGGUGAUCUGAGGGAUAAAGAAGUCUUGCAGAAAGCCUGCCAAGGAGUGACCUGUGCUAUUCACACUGCUUCCGUAAUUGAUCUCUGGGGUAAAGUCAGCAAAGAAGAAAUGGAAACUACCAAUGUUGAAGGAAGUCACCUUUUGUUAGAAACCUGCAUUCAGCAGAAUGUGAAGUGUUUUAUCUACACCAGCACUGUGGAAGUGGUGGGGCCAAAUAUAAGAGGUGAUCCUAUCUGCAAUGGUGAUGAAGACACGGACUACAUCAGCGAGCAAACAACUCUGUACAGCAAAACGAAAUAUGCAGCAGAGCAAUUAAUCCUAAGAGCAAAUGGAUCCCCCCUUCCUAAUGGUGAGCAGAUAGUUACAUCUGCUCUACGACCCAUGUAUAUCUAUGGAGAAAACAGUCGCUUUAUGCUACAUGAUUUGGAUGUAGGGAUCAUCAAUGGAAAUGUCCUGCCGAGAACAAGCAGGAAGGAGGCUCUCGUGAAUCCAGUGUAUGUAGGCAAUGUGGCUUGGGCUCAUGUUUUAUUGGCUAGAGCAAUGAAAGAAGAGGACAAGAAGAGAAUUGUUGGUGGCAAGUUCUAUUACAUCACAGAUGACACCCCACAUAUGAGCUACUCAGAUUUUAACCAUGAACUGAUGCAUUUUUUGGGGCUUUCAAUUCCAUCAAAGCUCCCCAUUCCUCUGCUGCUCAUGUACUUUAUUGCCUACAUAAUAGACAUGCUGUGGCUUUUAAUAAGGCCUUUCAUUAAAUCUGUUCCCAAACAAAACCGACAUUUCCUCAUGAUACUUAACACAAAGUUCACCUUUACCAGCCACAAAGCACGGAAUGAUUUUGACUAUAUCCCACUUUACAGUUGGGAAGUGGCAAAAGAAAAGACCACUACCUGGUUGGCUUCAGUGAUACAAGAGCGAAGAGAGUUUUUAAAUAAAAAGUAACACCUACAGGGCUAUAAAGCAUAGAAGCCUAAAUAUUAGGGGAUAGAAGUUUGAAGUUCUGAGUGGUUAUUCAGGUUAAUGUCUUCAUAAAUGUUAUUUUGUCUUUUGUAUAAUGGUUGGUGGUUAAAGGAUGGGUACUCAUCUCUUGCCUCACCACUUGCCAUUCAAAGCUACAAGUCUACAGUGCUUUGGAACGGUCAUCCAGACAAGUGGUGAGUAUUCACUUCCAGCAACACCCAUGAAUCUCAACAUAACCCAAAACAAAACUUCCUACUUGAAUGUAUGGGUGCCAAUGUCAUAAUAUUUACUCUUGUUCACUGAAAUACUGAGAGAAAUUGUUACCAUACUGUCAAAGAACCAUUGGCAGGUUCUCUUUUGUAUCUUCUAAACCCUUGACCUGGACUGCCUAGAAGGACAAAGGCAACAAACAGAGGUUACAUCUUGACUUAGAAGUAAAUCAUAGAAAAUUUACAACACAGGAUGCCAUUUUGCCUCCUCAUAUCUGCUGGUUUAAAAAAAAAUCUGCCCAGUCAAGUCCGACAUUCCAGUGCUUGAUCUAUAGCCUUUCAAUGUUGCUGAGUCAAACUCUUGAAACUCUCUGCAGUUCAAGAGAUUGCUUACCAUCACAUUUUCAAGGGAAACUGGAGAUGGGCAAUAAAUUGUGCUCUUGCUGGCAAUACCCGCAUCCCAGGAACGAAUAACAAUAAAAUUCUUGCACACAAGUGUUUAAAAAUACACAGAAAUUUUACAAUAAUGAGCUAACUCUUGCAUUAUAAUGAAAGCAGAAUUUCCAUUAUAACUUAAUUUUCAAAGCUUUCCACAAGUAUCAAAUGUAGCAUAUUAAAAAUCAGCUACUUUAGGUAAAAGUAUUAGAUUUGCCUUAUCUAAGUAAGCUUGUAGAUUUCUAACUUGGUUGCAAUUGGUCUGUUUGGUAUAUCACUCUUUGUAUAUCCCAUGAGUAUCUGUAAUUUUUGUUUUUGCCAUGGCUGACCUGUAGAAUUGAAAUCAAUCAUGUUACUCUUUCUGAGAUUAAUCGUGGCAAUGUAACUGCAAACUCUCCAGAGAAAAGGCAGAACAACUGGAAGCUCUGAAGGAGGAAAGGCCUUGCAAGCUGUGGAGACUGUUAAACUUAAGGAACUCCUCCACUAAAAUCAAAGAUCUUUGAAAAUCUUUAUCUGUAACUGUCAAUUCAUAUUUAUGUACAAUAUUAUGAAUAAACUAAAUGCAAUCAAAAUAUC